AUGGCUACUAUCGUAACAGCCUCUCCUUUGAAUUUAGAUCAAUUAAUUAAGAGAAAAACUUCUCAAAAAGACAAAAGUCCAUCGAAAGAAAAAGACGGCAAAGUCAAGGCUAUGUUUACAUCUCCUGAAGACGGCAUAAGUAAAGGUGGAAAGGGCGGCCCCUAG